GUUGGGACGUGGCUGGAGAGUUACUGCUACGAGUGUCCGGACCUCGCGUGUUCGAUUUUGUCCGCGAAUGACUCCUACCGUCGCCUGCUGAAUGGGUGACACCGCUGUGUGUUCGUAGUGCGCAGGCCGGGAUGACGAAUCCCCGACGACUUUAAUAGGUGUCUGAUACGGGAGAUUGUCAGCGGCCUGCAAGGUGAUUCCGUGAUGUGCUGAGGAAACUCCGCGGGACCAAAACUGAUUUCCACGAGAGCACGCGUGAAAUUUUGCGUUACGUUUGUGACGGAUGCUUCGAAAGACGUUGCGGAAGAUUGUCGCGAAACUUGUGUACGGUGUACGUGACAUUGGCUGAAGACUUGAUUGAAGUGGGACGGACUGGUUAGCGAUGGAAUUCUACUGGGCUGCUCUCCUGAUGGUGGUGUUUGUGGAAUUGGAGGCUGUACGUGGCUUUGAAGUAUAUCAAGGCCGGCGUUCGACGAAAGACAUACAUCCGGGCCACGGAGACAAUGCGGUAACAGGGAAGCCAUGGAAAGUUCGCUCCCACAAGCGCGCUGCUCCGGCCUCCCAAUGCAACGAGAACUACAGCCAUAUCAACAGGACAUGGACUUCAGAGUGCGUCAACUUUUACAUAGCAACGACGGGUGUUUGCUUGUGCUUGAUCAGGACAACGGAUGAAGGUAACAGUGACAAGAGAAGGACACGUCGCUCCUCUACAGACUCUUUAAGGAAUGAAUUAGGGAAGGUAGGCUCUUUGUUACUAAGUAAUGAGGGAGAACCUUUCCCGCCGGUGAUCUCGAACAGUCGCCGGGUUCGUGACGUGAUCUCCGUGACGGCUUUGAAGGGCAAUGUGGUCACCCUUGUGUGUCCGAUGUAUGUUGCGGCGUGGGCAUCCAUCAUAUGGGAGAAAGGAGAAAAUAGGCUUCCUUACAACCACCGACAGCGAGUCCAGUCCGACGGGAGCUUGGCGAUCACCAGCGUUCAACAUGGGUCGGACGACGGGGAGUACAUCUGCAUGUUCACCGAUUCACGAAACCAGAAGCACACGGGAAAAGUCGUCUUAAAAGUAUCAGAGCCUCCUGUAAUUUCGCACUACGAAUUCCGGCAAGACAUGCGCGUGGGAAUGCGCAUCAAGGUGUUCUGCACUGUGGUACAAGGAGAUCCUCCAUUUGGCUUCAGCUGGCUAAAGGACGGUGCCGUCGUCGACGGGAACUUGGCCAGGAUUCUAAGUCUCUCUGUGCAGAACCUCAGAGACUACAGCAUGUUGUCUACGGAUAGCCUCCGUCUGGAACACUCGGGAAAUUAUACGUGCAUCGUCAAGAAUCAAGCUGCGUCGACGUCGUACUCUGCCGUCUUACAUGUGAACGAGCCACCAAAGUGGCACGUGGAGCCACAGAAUGCAGCUGUAAUACAGGGCAAGAACGCACAGCUGCAGUGCAGCGCCACUGGGACUCCCCAUCCAACCAUCACCUGGAUGAUAGCCUCAGACCCAACGCGUGAAGAAUUCCUGCCCCUGUACAACAGCCACAAGUACGGCCUUUUUCCGAACGGCACUCUCUCGAUACAGCAGGUCGAAGCCGGAGAGUCUGGCUACUACCUGUGCAAAGCCGCUAACGGGUUCGGCGAAGAUCUCAGCAAGCUCGUAUUUCUCACUGUCAGAAGACCGCCCAAAUUCGACGUCAAGUUCCGAGCUCAUGCCGUGAAACGCGGAGAGAAAGCCAGACUCCAGUGCUCCGCCCAAGGUGACCUUCCCAUUAGUGUCUCCUGGACCAAGAACAAUGAACGUAUCUCGGAAGCCAACAAGUACAGGAUAUCAACGCAAAGCAAUUCGACAAUGUCGUUUACAUCCUCCACGUUAUCAAUCUUGACGGAAGCGGUGGAAGAUUCUGGUAUCUAUAGUUGCUAUGCGAAGAAUCACUACGGUACGGACGAGACCAGCAUGAGACUUCUCGUUCAAGAGGUACCGGGAUCUCCUGUGAACCUGACAGUCAUCAACGCCACUGCAAGCAGUCUCACCCUCACCUGGGAGGAGCCAUUCCGUGGGAACAGCGCUAUCACGAGGUUUCUCAUUCAAUACCGGGAAGCAGGCACUGAUGACACCUCCGCUCUUCGAAACCUGACCGUGAACAGCUCUCAGGCCCUGUCGGCUCUUAUCACGGACCUCCGACCAGCUCGGGUGUUCAGCCUUAGAGUCAAGGCGGAGAACGGCGUCGGAUGGGGUCCCUUCGGCGGAUGGGUUACAGCCAACACAGAAGAAGACGUUCCUUCCAGCCCGCCCGUGAACAUAACAGCAAGACCUACCGGACCCAAUUCGAUCAAGAUAUCUUGGGAGCCAUCGAAGGAAGAAGAUUGGAACGGUCAUCUAAAGGGCUACUACAUCAGCUACAGGCCCCUUGGAUCAACGGGUGAACAAUAUUACCACAAGACAGUCGACGUCCACAACCCUCAUCAGAGACAAGAAAUCCACCUGACGAACCUGCGCUUAUCGAUGUCCUAUAGCGUAGCAAUUCAAGCCUUCACCCGCAAAGGUGCGGGACCCAAAUCUGACGAAGUUGUCGUCAAGACCCUCGACGAUGUUCCACCAAGCCCUCCCACACUGGAAGUUGUUUCCGUCACAUCAGAUUCAGUGACACUUGGUUGGUCCUUGAAGACAUCGUUUGGCAAUCCAGUUACAGAGUACGUCCUCCAUCAACGUAAAGACAUGGAGCCCUGGCACGAGACGGCGAUUUCGACGGCAGAGCCAACGUACACAGUGCGCGACUUGGAAUGUGGCACUACGUAUCAGUUCUUCAUGACAGCGCACAACUCGCUUGGAAGGAGUGAGCCGAGUGACAUUAUUCGGGCGAAGACAGAUGGUGCAGCACCUCUAUCUCCAAGCAAGGAAGAGUUCGUCCACCCGUCCCAACACCACGCAACCUUGAACCUCCUCAGCUGGAAAAGCGGAGGCUGCGAGCUUCUAGAAUUUUCUGUACGCAUUCGUCAGGGCAACACACACGCCUGGACCACACUGGCAGACAGCAUUCCUACGAACCAAAGCCAGUUCAUGCUGAAGAACCUGGCUCCAGGGACGCUCUACAUUAUUCACGUGGUCGCCAAGUCUACGGCUGGUGCCACAGAAGCUCAAUACGAGUUUGCCACCUCCAAUGGAACGUCACAUGUCGCAUCUGUCGAAGCUACUUCGUCUCAUCCGAAACGAUCAACGCUACCCGGAGUCACGGAUCUGGAGAUCCUAAUUCCUAUUCUAGUGUCCAGUUUCGUCGUCGUUGUGGUCAUCAUCGUUGGCUUUGUCCUGUGUUCCAGAGAAUCCAUGUGUGCAGCUAACAGAAGAGACUGCGGACAGCAAGACUAUCCAAACAACUAUUCAGAAGAAAUAGUGGCGAUGAAAGACUUGGCCAAUGCCGCCGAAUGUGUCAAUUCUUGCGAAGAAAACAUUCACCGAUCGGUCUCUCAAGGUGGUCAGACCUACCCUACAAGUCAGUCCAUUUACGGCCAAAGACCUGAAAUUGAUGAUGGCAGACACCCAUACGCCAUGCCGUAUGAUGUACUGCACAGCCACAACGCACAGGAUACUGGACGUGAAGAUCGUGUAGAUCGAGGCACGCUCAAACGUCGCGGUGACGACAAAAUUCCAAGGUCCAACAUAUACAUCAGCCGACAGAGUCUAACCCAUCAGAAACAACGUGAACGUCCGUACGAAUCGCUCACUGUGAACAUAAACCCGUACCGGUCUGACGCAGCGACGUCGUCAUCGCCGUCUACGAAGGACAACGAUGAACUUGAUGCCUGACCGCGGUUUCUGAGUGAUGUGCUACGUGCUCUUGCGUCUACGUGCUCUUGCGAGUGCUUGCGUCUAUUUUUUAACGAAUCCCUCUGUGUCGAGGUUCGCACGACUCUGGAACAACGGCUGGCGCGUGCGUGCCCUUUGCUGGACGUACAGGAUUGUGUCGUUACGGCGGCGUGUUACGCGGGCGACGACAACGCCAUCCUGCGGCUGAUAACGUGAAAACGACGACAGUGGAAAUGAACGUCGUCUAGUUUGGUGCUCUGCGUGGUCGUGAAAGCCACGCAGAAAUUAACAGGCUCAAGGUACAACGAACAAUCAAAUACGAUGAGUGCAUUUACAGCUACAUUUCUUGUUGAAGCGCGACUCCACGCCGCCUUGCUUCGUCAUUGUUUGAGUUAUUUUCUAGUUGUACCGCCGUCGUCGUCAACAGGACAAGUGGCGUCACGCAUACUACUUCAGGUUGGCUGACGAGAAGAUAAGUUGUUGCAACUGUUAAAUCAUCUGGUCUGUGAACUUUUGACGAUAAGCCGAUGGUGUUACUGCGCCCCACUGCGAGACUUCUUUGAACAGGACCAUUACGAAUGCUGUGUGCGUUAGAGUGAGACGCCGACGUGCCAUGAACUUGAUGAUGCAUUUAUGUGUGAACAGCUUUCUGGGUUCACAUUUGGUACUGUACAUACCACGACAAAAAAAAAAGUAUGUUUAUAUGAAAAUUAAAUAAAUUACGACGUUUCGCUGUUA